CGGCCCGCCCCGAGCCCCGCGCCGCCCCCCCCGCCCCAUGCGCGCCCCGCCAUGACGAUCCUCCCGAAGAAGAAGCCGGUACCGGCGCCCGACGGCGAUGGCGAUUCCGGCCCGGACGCGGGGCCCGAGCGCGGAGCGGACGCGGGGCCCGAGCGAGGCCCCGGAGGCGUCGGCGAACCCGGCGGCCCCGGCGUGGGGGGGCCGCGGCCUCGCGCCUCGCCGCCGCCGCCGCUGCGGGGCUGGGCCGGGCUGCCCGGAGCCGCCGGGUCCCCCCCGCCCGCCGGGCCCGGCGGCCCCGGUAACGGCGGGCCCGGCUCCGCCGACGGCCCCGCGGCGCUGCUGGGGCUGGAGGCGGCGGCGCUGGGGCUGCCCGAGCCCCGCGGGCCCGGCUGCGGCGGCGGCGGCGGCGGCGGCCCCGGGCACAGCAAGCGGCGGCGGCGCGGCGGGGCCGGGCCCAGCGGGGGCCCCGCGGGGUCGGGCCCCGGCGGGAUCGGGCUGGGGAUGGGGCUGGGCCCCGCCUGCGGCAGCCCCGGGCCCGACGAGGCGGGAGGAGGCUACAACAGCGAGGAUGAGUACGAGGCCGGCAGGGUGGAGAUGGACCCGGCCACGGCCGAGCAGCAGGAGCACCGGUUCGAGAAGGCUCUGCGGGAGAAGAAAGGCUUCAUCAUCAAGCGCAUGAAGGAGGACGGGGCCUGUCUGUUCCGGGCCGUGGCUGAUCAGGUGUACGGAGACCAGGACAUGCACGAGGUGGUGAGGAAGCACUGCAUGGACUACCUGAUGAAGAACGCCGAUUACUUCUCCAACUACGUCACGGAGGAUUUCACCACCUACAUCAACCGCAAGCGCAAGAGCACGUGCCACGGGAACCACAUCGAGAUGCAGGCCAUGGCCGAGAUGUACAACCGGCCCGUCGAGGUCUACCAGUACGGCACUGAGCCCAUCAACACGUUCCACGGGAUCCAGCACAACGAGGACGAGCCCAUCCGGGUCAGCUACCACCGCAACAUCCACUACAACUCCGUGGUGAACCCCAACAAGGCGACCAUCGGCGUGGGGCUGGGGCUGCCCUCCUUCAAACCGGGGCUGGCGGAGCAGUCCCUGAUGAAGAGCGCCAUCAAGACGUCGGAGGAGUCGUGGAUCGAGCAGCAGAUGCUGGAGGACAAGAAGCGCGCCACCGACUGGGAGGCCACCAACGAGGCCAUCGAGGAGCAGGUGGCCCGCGAGUCCUACCUGCAGUGGCUGCGCGACCAGGAGAAGCAGGCGCGGCAGCCCCGCAAGGCCAGCGCCACGUGCAGCUCGGCCACGGCGGCCGCGGCCAGUGGCCUGGAGGAGUGGAGUGGCCGCUCGCCGCGGCCCCGCAGCGCCGCCCCCUCCCCCGAGCACCCCGGGCUGCACCCCGAGACCCCCGGCCCCAAACCGCCCUCGCCCGGAGCCCCCCCCGCCGGAAAGCCCCCCUCGCCCUGCGCCCCAGGGACCAGCAGCCAGCUGGGGGGCGCGGGCCGGGCCACGCCGCCGCUGGUGUCGCUGUACCCCGCGCUCGAGUGCCGCGCCAUCAUGCAGCAGAUGUCCCCGACCGCCUUCGGCCUGAACGACUGGGAGGACGACGAGAUCCUGGCGUCGGUGCUGGCGGUGUCGCAGCAGGAGUACCUGGAGACCAUGAAAACCUCGCGCCACAGAGACCCCGCCGCCGACAAGAGUUGAUAUUGAACCCCCGGACUGCGACCCCCCCAAAGCCCCCCACCCCCUCCAGGGACCCUCCCCCCCCACCCGAAACAAACAAACAAACAAACAAACAAACAAACAAACCACGGCCGACCCCCCCCCCUCUGCCCCCCAAAACACCCCCGCCCCCCCCCCCAAAAAAAAACCAAAACACCGCAGGGACCUCUCGGUGCGUGGCGGCCCCGGCUGAGGGGGGGGCUCAUUUUGGGGGUGACGGCAAAAAAAAAAAAAAAAACAAACACCCCCUCGGCAAAAGUGGGGAGGGGGACACAGCGCUGGACGCCGCGGAUGAACCUCGGCUUUUUUUUUGGGGGGGGGGGGGGCGGGAGAAGAAGAAAAGAUGAUGGAGAUGGAAAUGAAGACCCCUCCUCAAAAUUACAGCUGGAAGGAAGAGUGGGGGGAUGGUGGGGGAGGGGCUGCUGGUUUUUUUUUUGGUAGGGUCUUCUCUGCCUUCCCCUCCCCCCACCGUGGGAUUCUGCUGUGUGGGGGAUGGGAAAGGGGGGGGGGAGGGGGUCCUCACUGUGCCCCUCCCCCCUCCCUCCGAGUAUCGAGCCCCCCACCAGCACCUGGGGGGAGAGGGGGGGAAGGGGCGGCCGGGGGUGCUGCCCCCCCACACCCCCCGCACCCCGGUAUUAAACUGAUGCCCAGCA